GACAGAUUCUUGAUUGAGAACUGGUUUCACGGUGGAUUAUGUUUUGAUAGUUUCUGUUUUCAUAUACUCAGACGAACACAAACAUCAAUUUCAAUUGAAAACGAAGAAAAAAAAUCUCAAUAUCUGUGACAACAAUUCCAUAAAUCCAUUUAAACCAAUCGUUUUGAGAAUUGUUGCAAUUCUCGUUGAUAAUCACACACGAUUCGGAAUAGCAACGAAACAUUUGUUUGAAUUGACAUCUAUAGAUUUUUUAUUUAUUUACAAUUUUUCAUCGUAGUUGCCUGCAUACACAUUCUUUACCUGCUUUUUGUGUGUCACUUGCCAAGCAAGUGCUAUUAUUCAACGUCGUAAUCAGUAGAACUAAUUUAAAUAUAUUUUUUCUUCAUUGUAAACACACAAAAAGCUGCGUGUGCAAAAUAAUUAUUUCAGUGGACUGAUGCUAAUUGAAAGAGAAAAAAAAAAUGUAAGAAAGUUCAGCUUUCGAAAUUAUUGUAAAAUAGCAGUGAAGUGUUGCAAAUUAUUCGACAGCUAUUCGAUUGGAAAAGUGUUUAUAGUGAUGAGAGCAUCUUUUCGUUGAAAUUCGUUCAACUCUUCAAAUCGAUUUUAAUUAGAAUUGAGUGCAAAAUGCUUGGGCGAUUCAACGAAGCGCUUCAGUCGGCUGCUGACGUUCUGGCACCGCCGCCAACACCGCUGCAAAAUUUCGAAUAUCACUGGAAACAUGUGAAGAAUUUUUAUGCACAACACAAUGUUAUGCCGAAAGUGCACAUCGAAAACACAAAUUUGCCCAUCCAUUUGGAGGAGAUGCUAAAACUGUUAAUCGAAGAGGAUCAUACAAAGCAUGAAGAGACACCAACCGCAAAUAACAACAUUUUGACACCACUGAAAACAGUUUGCGGAGGUAGUAGUGGAAUGUCACGCGCGUCCGCAGAGUGUUUUGAUUUCGUUCUUAUAAACCGGCCGCUCGACUUACUUACCGAUAUUUGCCUGACCGAUUCACCAGUUGGUGCGAGCGUUUGUGUUUUGAAUUGGAUGCGUCGUUUUUUAACGUGUUUGCCGAAUCCCAGAUUAGACCAUAAAAGUAUUUUGCAACCAACACAGAAACUGAUAGCUUACUGUAGCAGUGCGGCCGGCCGAGCCUCACCGUAUGAAGAGGAGGAAAUCGUGUUUCUUUUGAAUGUUGCCGGUGUGAUACGAAAAGAUCCAUUACUGUUGCACUUAUUUCUGCCAGCUCAUGAACAUUCGUGGGCAGUUGCGUCGCUCAAUCCGUCUCUCGGAAUGAAAGCACCAGUCAAAAAUACACUGUUCGAGAAUGCAAAACUUGAGUCGAAAGUAAGAAAUGUUUCGUUGUUGCAAGACAAAGAAUCGGCCUCUAACAGCGAUGAAGUGGACACAUCUGUUCAGGAACCAAAGAAAGUCGCACCGGAAUACAGUAACAUCAGUUGUGAUUGCACCGAAAAUGAUUCAUUCAUUUUGCUCGAUACCAUUUUGCGGUACUUCGAUAGUGCGGACAGCGUGGUUGUCGUACGAGCGUGCGAAGCGGUACUUAUUUUAAUGUCACUACCGACCAUCGGAAUUAAAUGCAACGCACAAAAAACGACUUUUCAAAUAUUCUCCAAACAAUUGAGUCAAAAGUUAGCGUUCUUGUGUCAGGAUAUCCCAGAAGAUAUGGACACUGGUGAAAUUGAAGACUGCAUCGCAACAUGGGGGCUAUUACCACGUGAUUCGGAAGCACAAUACUUUAUCGGCAAGCCACAACUUAUGGAAUUUCUCUGCUGGUUAGACUAUGCAAAUAGGCUGGCCAAAGAAUGCUAUGUACCCGAAAUCGUACAAAACUUGGCGGAAAAUGUUCGCGUUGACCUAUUCGAAAUGAGCAUCGAACCAAUGAUUUCGAUUUUGGACAUUAACAUUGUCGGUUUCAUGUUAGUACUGAUGGCCAAAAUUAUUCGACAAAUUGAUGCUCCAACAUUUAGCGAUGAACUGGCCACUUGGCUGGUUGGAUCAGCGAUUGUUGUGGAUGGUGAUGAUUUAGCUGUGAGUACAAAUGAAAAUGCACCGGCAAUAAUCCACACCGAUUGUCUACUAAACAUUAUCAUAGAAAAUGCACAAGAUAACCAAGAUAUUCUUUUGCCCACACUGCAAUUCGUUGAGGCUUUGCUUGAUAAUCCCAAUUCGCGAAUUUUGCACAGUAUGCUGUUUCGAUAUCUUGAGACGCGUGGAUACUACGAUUUGAAUGCAACUUCAGCCAUCCAAACAUGGUCCGAUGAAGAGGAUGAACGGGAGAAACGUCGAUCAAGUGCAUCUGAACCCAUCAAAUCAGUAACGUUGAAGCCAAACAACAUUUUGAAAGUUAUCAAUAACUUUUUACUGCUGUUGCCCCGACAAAUUAUCAGUGACAGCAUUGGAACGUGUUACGAAGAAUAUGUACAAGAUGCCAAUCGACAUUACAAGAAUUGGAUUACAAAAACAUCGAAGUUUGAUUGGCCCAUCGAAGCCGUCAGUCGAUCAAGGGAAAGUGACGAUUUGCUUUCACCCGAAUCGCCACUUCCAUUGCCUUUACCAACCGUGACUGCGUGCAAUGGAAAAUUGCAUUCGUGUGACAGUGGCAUUGCUGUCGAACAGUUCUACGAAGGGCCACUGCUACGAUUGCUAUUUCUCCAUGUCAAAGAUAUGGCCAAGUAUCCAUAUGAAUUGAAUAUCGCGGUCAUUGCGAUACUCUCGAAGCUAUCAUUUUUACCGCAUCCGUAUUUGCAUGAGAUACUUCUGAAUCCCGAAUUGCCGAUCGCUCGAGGUAUAAACACGCUUUGGUCAAGUAUGCAACAUCUUGCACGUUACUUAUUGCUUGAAAUACCACGCAUCGAAGGGUUCCAGAAACGUAUCACCGAAACGGCAAAACGACUACUUAUUAAUCCACCAAUUAUGAGUGAAACGUACGAAGACCAUGAUCAUCUGUUUGAAAGUUUAGUGGCACUAGAAGAAUUUUGUAAAGAAUUGGCCGCAAUCGCAUUCGUUAAGUAUCAUCAUGCAACGGAAUAAGUGUAAUAUAAGUGUAUUAAAAUAAAAUCAGCAGCGAUAUUGUUAAACAUUCCCUUGAACGCCGCUCCGCAUAAUUUAUUGAAAACUUUUGAAUGAAAAUAUCAUACAUGAACGAUUAUGUCUAAGAACGAAGAAAGAAAUAUUUUUGCUAGCUUGAUCAUUGAAAUUAAUCAGCCACAUGAAUGUGUGCAAGUUGCUCGUAUUUGCUUCAACUUAACAUUUUUGCCGAUUUGAUUCAGUCGCUGUAAUUAAACUCUUUUUACUAGAUUUCAUUAUUUGUAUUAGUCCAAUUUUAUUCUUACCCAAGCGAAAGGGUAGUGUUUGUAACGCAUAUUGUACCUACCUUCAACUACACAUACUUUCUAGUCAAAGGGAAAACCUGUUAAUUUCGUGAUCCAAUAAAAGACACGCAUUUCAAAUCAAAUGUGUGUAUGAUUUGAAAAGCAUUGAAAACAA